GAAGAAAGUGACGUGUUUCCGCCUUCAUCAGUCGCCGCGGGGUGAUGUUGGUGUUCUUGUAGAAUAAAGGAACGAAACUUUAACUCACACACUUGAAGACAGCGGACGUUAAACACAGAGACGGCAAACGGACUUGUUCACGCAAGAAUAAAGCUAAUUAGUUUCCAGAUUAACGUGCCUCAGAAGAAGAUAACGUUACCGCCAUGGCCAAGGUACAAGUGUUAAAUGUUGCUGUACUGGACAACCCGAGCCCGUUUGGAAAUCCGUUUCAAUUUGAAAUAACGUUUGAAUGCAUGGAAGAUUUGCCGGAAGACCUGGAGUGGAAGAUCAUCUAUGUAGGUUCAGCUGAGAGUGAGGAAUACGACCAGGUCCUGGACUCUGUUCUGGUUGGCCCGGUACCGGCUGGCAGACACAUGUUUGUGUUUCAGGCUGAUGCUCCUAACACGGGGUUGAUUCCAGAGAGUGACGCGGUGGGAGUCACUGUGGUCCUCAUAACCUGCACCUACCGUGGACAGGAGUUCAUCCGCAUCGGUUACUAUGUCAACAAUGAAUACACAGAUCCUGAACUACGGGAAAACCCACCUCUCAAACCAGACUACACUCAGCUCCAGAGAAAUAUUUUAGCCUCCAACCCCCGUGUCACCCGCUUCCACAUCAACUGGGAGGGCUUGGCGGACAAGAUGGAGGACAGCGAGAAUGUCGACCCGUCCCCCAACAUCAGCGGCAUGCUCCCUCCGUCCUGUAUACCAGGAAAGAUGCCACCUCUUGGACUGAUGCCAGACAACUCCAUGGACUGCAUGUAAGAGUCACCAGAUUAACAUAAUGGACAUGAAGCCCUUCUUAUCUGUACAUUCACCCACAUCUCAACAUGACGUGUGGACAUUAACAGGAAGCACGGACGUGGCAGCAGGGACACUCUUUUUAUACAAUAUACACAAAUGGGAUGGAUCUGGAAUACUUACCAACUGUUUUUCUCUCUUGUGCUCUCUCUCUGUUUUUCAACACACACACAGAUCUGCACAACCAGCAUUGCCUUAUUUUACCGUAUCUGUCUUAGAUUAUGUUAAAAAAACAGCCAGAGGAAUUUUGAGUCAUCAGGGUGGGGCGAUCUUACAACAGGUCUGUCAUGUCCUCACAGCUUUGAGACUUGCAAGUCAUACUCUGAUGUUGACCCAUUUGGUACCCAUACUGUGCUGUUUAUUUGUCCUCUUGAGCACAGAUCCAAGCUAUGGGCAGUGCUCUGCAUAUCAGAGUAGGUGUAGCACCAGCCGCUUGUAGCAAAGCAAUGCAUUGUCCUGAAGGUUUGUGUCAAGCGAUGUACAUUUGUAUCAUCUGGAGUAACUGUGGAAACAAAUCUUGGAUUUAGAUCAUGAGCCAUGUUGUAUGAAGCAGCUUUAGUUACAGGUAGCUGGACAGGUUAUGCAGAGUACAACCUUAUACUUGCAAGUUUUACCCUUGAGUUGUCCAGAUAAGUCUGUAAACAUGCUGCCUCAGACAGGCCCCAGUUCAGAAAAAGUUCUCUGAAAUGUUAAAUAAGAUGUCUGUAAUUAUGCACAUAACACAGAGGUAAAGGUGAGGAGGGUGCCAUAUUGCAGUUGAGUUACUUUGAGCAUUUAGGCUUACUGUAAAUAAUAUUUACCAAGUGCUUAUUUUGUCUUCAGGAUGAGAAGAGGUUUUUUUGUACUUACUAUAUAUUCUCUGCCUCAGUGUUUAUAACAACAGUGAUGGGGUUAAUAAAGUUUGUUUUGUGGA